GGGGUGGAUGACGCGAUUGUUGUAACAAGUUGAAGAUAAAAUAAUUUCAAUAAUAAAGCUUUAUUACAUUCUGAAAAAAGUGUUUAACUUCAACAGCGCCAAGUUAAGCUAUAGACGUCUACAUGGGUGAUAACAAAAUAUGCGACAUAAGCAAUGAGGUGCUGGAAGAACUGAAGAAGUUUCGUUUUCGCAAAAGUACAACCAACUCAGCGCUCAUUUUAAAAGUGGAUCGAGAGAAGCAAUCGGUGGUGCUGGAUGAAUUUAUUGAUGACAUAUCAGUGGAUGAGUUGCAAGAUACAUUGCCCGGUCAUCAGCCACGCUAUGUGAUCUAUACAUAUCGUAUGGUGCACGACGAUCAACGAAUUUCAUAUCCAAUGUGCUUUAUUUUCUAUACGCCACGAGACAGUCAAAUUGAACUGCAAAUGAUGUAUGCAUGCACCAAGAGCGCACUACAGCGCGAGGUAGAUCUCACGCGUGUAUACGAGAUACGUGAAUUGGAUGAACUGACAGAGGAUUGGCUUAAGGCUAAACUAAAGUAAUAAUGACUGCAUACAGGUGUUGAGCAGCCGUUGCAUCAAUCAAUAUUUUACAAGUAUUUUUAACGUAAACAGAAACAAACAACAUACCAAUAUUUCAAGUGGAGAGCAAAUGCAGAUACCAACGACAAAUACCAAACAAAUCAAAUAUAAAAUAUGACAAACUUUUCUAUAGUGCUUUAGUUUCGCAUUUAAGUAAAUGACAUUCGUAUUGAUCUUAUAGAAGCUGUGCUUGCCAAAUUUUUUAUGUAUUUAUUGUAACGCGAACAUGACAAGAACUUAUACUAAACACAA